CCGGGUAGCACUCAGUGCGCACAGUGACAAUGACAUCACCUAAAAACAUGUAACAUUGUUGUCCUUCGCAACAAUUAUUUGAAUAAUUCAAUGGAUAUAUUGUGAAAAAAGGUGAUGACUAAAGUGUCUUAUUAGGAAUAUUAUAAUCUGAUUUCUCUAUGGGGGAGUGUAUAGCAAUUGUUUUUCUGGGCCGGGUGUCAGUUAAACUGCAGCACCUAAGCAAAACUGUAGCUCCUGAAACUGUGCUUCUUAAUAACAGGAACCCUGGCCCCUAAGCAUUGAGGGCUUCCACCAUUUAAUGUAGCCAACUGGGUGGGACUUCCAACUUUAUUGGCUGAUCCCACCUGGUGACCCUGUUGGAGUCAUGUCUAACUGGGUCAUCAGGAAGGAUCAGCCAGUCAUGAAAAAAUAUGUACUACUUUAACAUGGAGAUAGCCUCAAUACUGGCACAGACGCUAUAAUAGCCCAGAUACAAAGAUGAGUCCUCUAUCAAUCUCUAUGGCUAAAACAGUCACCAGUACAGUUGCUUUUGUUUAAAAUUGCUUUUUAUUAUAAAUAAUCUGCUAUUGUGAACUGAGUGAUGGGACUCGAAAACAUUUAACAGUACUGUAAAAAGUUCGAGACUUCUUGGGUCACAUGAGUGGAAACAGAGGCUAGUCCGCCAUCGGUGUUGAGCCAGCCAGUUAACGUUAGCUAACUCCUAUUGAAGCCAAACAAUUGACAGCUUGAAAAAAAGCUUUUAACUACCACAGUCCUUGGAUGUGUUCUUCAAAACUUGCCAACGACACACGUGACUAAGAACCCCGGCCAUUGUCUGUAGCACGUGAUCCGGGCCAGCUGAGACCGAGGGAGGCUUCAAUAAUUCACGGGUUCCUAUUCUCCAGAGGAAGAGUCCACGUGCCGUUUAAGAGCCAUGACCGCCAAGUCAUCCCUGCUGAAAGUCAUCCUGCUGGGAGACGGAGGAGUGGGGAAGAGCUCCCUCAUGAACCGCUACGUCACCAACAAGUUUGACACACACCUCUUCCACACCAUUGGCGUGGAGUUUCUCAACAAGGAGCUGGAAGUGGACAGCCAUCUGGUCACCAUGCAGAUCUGGGACACGGCUGGACAGGAGCGUUUCCGCAGCCUCAGGACUCCCUUCUACCGCGGCUCUGACUGCUGCCUGCUCACCUUCAGCGUGGAUGACAACCAGAGCUUCCACAACCUGGCCAACUGGAAGAAGGAGUUCAUCUACUAUGCUGAUGUCAAGGAGCCCGAGAAGUUCCCCUUCGUGGUGCUGGGGAACAAGGUGGAUGUGACGGAGAGGCAGGUGUCUGCUGAGGAUGCUCAACAGUGGUGUCGAGAUAACGGCAAUCACCCUUACUAUGAGACCAGUGCCAAGGAUUCCACCAACGUAGCUAUAGCCUUUGAGGAGGCGGUGCGGAAUGUGCUAGCCAUGGAGGAGAGGGCAGACCACCUCAUCCCCACAGACACAGUUAACCUCCACAGAAAGCCCCGCUCCAGUGCUUCCUGCUGUUGAUAUAAUGUAGGGCCUACAACCUAUAAAGAACUGGAGCUAGGAAGACACACAGGCUUAUCAACACUCAUGCUCUCUCAAAUAGCAUGUGCAAGCACUGGCCAGUGUCUGUGGAUGAUAAUCCACUGGGCUUGUUGGUCUCUGGACUCAUUGAUGUGAAGAGGGUACUGAAGAAUGGUGUUAUUUGUCAGAUUCCAAGAAAUGCAUUAUAAUUUCAAUCUGUGCCGUAUUUGAAUUAUAGUCUUAAAACAUAUUACAACAAUGUGGUUGCCAGAAAUAUAUUUAUAAUGUUUAAUUUCCAAAUCAUGUUAUACACUAUGUUCCUUUUUUUAUGUUGUUGUAGAAAGGGUUUCUUACACUGUGACUGAAACAAAUGUGCUGCCUUACCAGUGAAAAUAUAUUUGAUUGCAUUCAAAUUGUAUUCAGGACCUUAUCCAGAGAUAUGACCCCAAAUGUGAUACUUUAAAAGCAAGUCACUUUAAUCAACUGACCUGAAUGGGAUUAGAAUAUACAUAAUAUAUUCAUAUUUAUAACAACAAAUGUUGAUAGAUUAAUUUAUGCAGUAUUUUUAUUUGAUUAAGAUCAAGGUUUACUGUCACUACUUUAUUGUAGAGGGAGAAAUGUAAGCAGAAAUUAAGGCUUAUGAUUUCUUACUGUUUAUUAUAGGUGCUGAGAAUUCUAUACAACUUGCUGGCCUUGCAAUAUUUGUUCUCAACAUACCGUAAUUAAUGAGUUAUCAUUAUGUAAUGGACUACAUGUUUUAACACCUGCACAGAAGGAUAAGAGAUGAGGAAUGUUCAAUAAAUAGUUGUUGGUAUCCUGUGUGUAUGUACUGCAUGACAUUUUAUGCUCACUACCACUAAUAGUUUGUAAAGAUUUUUUUUUUAUCAUACCAGAAUUUCAGUGAUCUUGGAUAAUUAGGUGGAUAUGAUUGAACAAGGUAAUAUGCUGUAUGUACCUCAAAUCAAAUUUUAUUUUUCACAUGCUUUGUAAACAGUGAAAGUUAAGUUCCUAACAAUGCUGAUUAAAUCUGAGUAACAAUAAUUUGGCUAUAUACAUGGGGUACCAGUACUGUGUCGAUGUGCAGGGGUACAUGGUAGAUAUGUACAUACAGGUAGGGGUAAAGUGACUAGGCAACAGGAUAGAUCAAACAUUAGCAGCACUGUAUGUAAUGAGUCAAGAGUUAGUGCAGCUGUAGAACUGAAGGCCCAUGCCAAAUCUUUUCAGCCUCUUGAGGGGAAAGAGGAGCUGUCGUGCUUUCACCACACACACCGGUGUUGGUGUGUGUGGACCAUGUUCAUUCCUUAGUGAUGUGGACACCAAAGAACUUGAAGCUCUCGACCUGCUCCACUACAGCCCUGUGGAUGGGGGCGUGCUCAGCCCUCCGUUUCCUAUAGUAGUCCACGAUAAGAUCCUUUGUCUUUCUGACAUUGGAGGAGAGGUUUUUGUGCUGGCACCAUACUACCAGGUCACUGACCUCUUUAUAGGCAGUCUCAUUGUCAGUUAUCAGGCCUACCACCGUCAUGUCAUCAGCAAAACCCACUGCCAGUUUUUCUAUGGACAUCUAAUCUUACAUGCAUUUUAUUUACAUUUAUGGAGCUCAAUUUCAUUUUCUUCCUUGCUAGUAUAGUUUUGAUACUAAGACUUUGGAUUUCAACCGUUAUUGAUUUUACAGUAUUGUCCAUUAUCAAUUUCCUCGUUGAUAUUUCAUCUAAUUCAGGUAGAGUGCUGAGAACACUUUCAUAUUAUUUAGCUACAGCAGUGUUGUCCAGAAUUAUUGGAAUGCAAGUUGAAUGGAAAAUGUUAUUUGAAUAAACUCUCCAUGAAUGAAUCAUU